AUCAACUACUACAAUAAAUCGUAGAACCAGCAGUGAAAGUUCCCGGCUAAUUGCGGCAGGUGUUAAUCACGGCAAUUACGAACUACAAAUUGCGCACACCGCACUUGGGAAGUCGCCGCUGGAAUGUUGCAGCCAUCACUUCUGGUGGCGUUGCUGCUCCUGCUGGUGCACUUGGAGAAUGCCAGCGGCAAGCCGCCCACCAAGGAGCUACCCCGUCCGCUGAUCCCGCUGCACGACCAGGACCAGGAGGAGGAGCUGCAGCCGGAACUGGAGGCUAAGGCGACAUUCCAGAGCACACGGAAUGGACGCUCGCGACGUCCCACUUUGAUGGAUGUGGCCUUGCAGCAGAGUGUGCGACAGGGUCUCGAUGCCAUGACCGAGCUGUACGGUCGGAUUCAGCCGGAGAUGCUGCGCAAUGGCCAAACCCUGCAGGACAACCAUCCGGCCGCGAUGCUUUCCCGCUUCAAUGCCCCCACCACGGACUCGGAACGCAGGGAGAUGGCCGCCUAUGCCACCAUCGCCGCAGCCAAGGCCUUUCGCAAAAACUUCCAGCACAUCGAUGAGCUGGCCCGCCAGUCGCACACGCAGCGAAUCUCGCUGCGACGUACCGCCUUGGAGGGACUCUGUCCGCCGCGGGAUCCGCCGCCCUGCAUGCCCGCCUCGGAGCGGUACCGCACCCACGACGGCACCUGCAACAACAAACGCCGGCCGCGAUGGGGUGCCGCCCAGAUGCCCUUCAACCGCUUCUUGCCGCCAGAGUACGGUGAUGGCGUGGACACUGUUCGGAGUUCCGCCGAUGGCAGCACCUUGUCCUCGUCGCGAUUCGUUAGCCUUUUGGUGCACGGAGCGCGGGAGGGCGAGGCACCGCUCACCCUGAUGAUCGCCCAGUGGGGUCAGAUGCUAGACCACGACAUGACCUCGACGGCUCAGCCGCGUUCCAUCAAUGGUUCCAUACCCAGUUGCUGUGGCGGCAAGGACUUCCAUCCCGCCUGCUUUCCCAUCAAAGUGCCCCUGGACGAUCCUUGGCUGGCGCCGCUCAAGGUUCGCUGCCUGGAGUUCCUGCGCUCGGCUCCUGCCCAGCGACGCGACUGUGUGCUGUCCUGGCGGGAGCAGACCAACCAGGUGACCUCAUACAUCGACGCCUCGCCCAUUUACUCGAACAGCGCCAAGUCCUCGGACAAUGCGAGAGUUUUCCGGCAUGGGCUGCUCGUCUAUGGGCGCGGUGAUCCCGCCGAGGAUGUGUGCCAACGCGGCGCUAUUGCCACCAAGUGCAUUCGUUCCGGAGAUGGACGCAGUGGUGAGCAGCCGGGAUUGUUGGCCAUGCACCACGUCUGGGUGGGGGAACACAACCGAAUUGCCAUGGAGCUGAGCGAACUGAAUCCUCACUGGAGCGACGAGAAGGUGUACCAGGAAACGCGCAGGAUUGUGGGCGCCAUGUUUCAGCACAUCACCUUCCGGGAGUUUCUGCCGGUCAUUUUGGGCAGGGAGGUGGUCAAGCUCUUCGAUCUGGAGCUGAUGCCCUCGGGCUACUACGAACGUUAUAGUUCAAAGGUCAAUCCCACGGUGGCCAAUGCCUUUGCAGCCGCCGCCUUCCGUUUUGGCCACUCGCUGGUCCAGAACUCCUACACUCGCUGCGAUCGUCAUCACAAUGUGAUCAAUAACAAUGUCAGCCUGCAUGAGGAGUUCCAGCGAGGUGACAUUGGUUCGGCGGGCUCACUGCAUCGUCUGCUACGUGGCUUGGCCUCCCAAAGGGCUCUGAAGAGGGAUGAGUUCAUUACCCCCGAGCUGACCAAUCACCUGUUCCAGACUCCUGGCUUUCCAUUCGGCUUGGACCUGGCUGCCAUCAACAUUCAACGGGGCAGGGAUCAUGGCAUUGCUCCGUACAGCGCCUGGCGAGUGCCCUGUGGUCUAAGUCCCAUCCUCAGUUGGGAUGACUUCGCUAACGUGGUGGGUCCGGAGUCCGCCAAGCGCAUUGGCCACGCCUAUCGCAGCGUGCACGACAUCGAUCUGUUUGUGGGCGGGAUCGCGGAACGUCCUGUGGUGGGUGGCCUGGUGGGUCCCACCUUCGCCUGCAUCAUCGCCCAGCAGUUUAGUAACUCCAGGCGGGGUGACCGCUUUUGGUACGAGAAUGGUGGCUUCGAGAGCUCCUUCACGCCCGCCCAACUGCACUCCUUGCGCCGCGUGUCCUUGGCCCAAGUGCUCUGCCGCACGGUGGGUGGUGGCACCCUCCAGCCCCACAUCUUUAUUCCAGCGGAGUUCGAGGACAAUGAGAGACAGACCUGUGGUGUGGGCAGUCUAAGUCCCAUCGACCUAAGUCCGUGGUUGGAGCAGGAUCCCUUUCACAAUCAGCAGGUGCCCGAACAGGUCUUUACCAUUGGGCAACCCGAGUUGGGAUCCGUUCAGAUCAUAAAGGAGGACAAGGCGGGCUUCUCCAACCGGGUGAAACCCAUCAAGCCACAGGUGGAGGUUAGUCCCUCGUCACUUAGCGGCUUCCAUCGACCCACCAACGAAAACUUGACCAAAGUUAGUGACAAACUUGACCUAAGACGCAAGACGGUGACCAAAAAGAACAAUACCAACAACAGACAACAGACCACUAGAAAACCCGUGGGUGGAGUAAACAACAAGCUGGACAAGUCCCCCAAAAUCACUUUAAACAUCAAGAGCGUAAAUGUGAGAAGACCAGAGGGAUCGGGACUCAAAAGAAGGGUGAUCAUCAACAAUGUGCCCGUAGAGCUGCGAAGCUCUGGAGGUAAUGCCACGGCUGAGGAGACAGAACCAGGAAAUUUGACAGACGAAGACGACGAGUUUCACGACGACGCAGGCGAAGUGGUGGACAUGGAGGACAUAGUGGAAGUGAGGGCUAGCAAGGAUGAUCCAUCGAAACUGACCAAGACGGACUUAAACCAAAACAGAAAUGAUUCGAAGACAACUGAAACAGAACAGACUGAAAAGAACACUACCAUCGAACCCACGGAAGAUUCUACUGAUGAACCAAAAACUGAAAGACGUGACGCCAGAAAGAUGGAACCUCAUCCAGCAGCAAAGACUCCGGACAAGACAGCAGACUCUAGACUAUUGCACAACCAACGCAACCGUACCACUACCCCAAGGGACUUCCAAGCCAGCUCCACCGUGAGCCUGAAACGCUUCACGCGACAGACGAAGGCACCGAAGGUUAGUAAGCCCACCAAAAGGGCCGAGGAACUGAGACAGUACCAGAACAGACCGCUCUACGAGAGACCCCAAAAGGUGGUGGUCAACGGACCGAACGCCGACCAGUACGAGAUUGAGAUCAACAUACGACAGACGAACAAGAAUCCCGCAUCACGACCAUCGACUUCUGACUACGCGCAAUACACGACUGCCAACAAACCGUACUAUAACUCCAACUACGCACCACACUACAUGGACUACGCCAGUACCACACCAAUUCCAUUGCCCAGCUAUGGCUACCAUCAACCGAUUGGGGAGAUCAGUAACCAGGGAGUAAGAACGAAGCCACCGACCAUCAUUUAUCUGAACGACAACGACGACCGACGGACCACAACUCGGGCGCCGAACAUCUUCCAAAACUUUCUGACCUUUGCCACGAACAGUUUCAAUCCCUUGGGGAUAAGACGACCCAUGCCCACGACUCCAUCCCCGAUCUCGCAGAGCCACAAGGAGCCAGGACAGUUCGAGAACAAUGUGGUUCACAGUCCGAUCAGUAACUCGCACAUACUGACUGGAGGAGGUCCGUCCGCCUCGUACUCACCGCGACCGCCGUCGGUGCACUCGUAUCCGGUGGCCACCAGUUCCCAGAUUGGUGGCAAUCCCGGAUCAGGGUUCCUGCACGCUUCCAGCAGCGCAGUUAGUGCAGGGCACUUUGGCAGCAUUUCGGGAGUGGCCACUGCCAAUGGAGCGGACAGCACAUUUAGCUUCAACAUACGGCCACGUCCCAGUCCGGAUUUGGGUUCAGUAGUGAGCUCCUAUCCACGACCGGUUUCAAGUCAGGGCGGAGGUUCAUCUUACAGACCUGACUACGCUCCUACCCAGAGCGAACUGUACUAUGACAGAGAACUGAUCACUGACCGAAAUCCCAGCCCAUUUUCCGGAUCAAGUUCCGCCCAAAGACCACAUCAACAGACAUUCUACGGACGGAGCCCGGAACUCAAGGAAGUGGGCAACAAUAGCAACGAACUGACCCAUACGGAGCACAAACUGUACCUACAGGACUACGACUAUGCCAGCAGAACGCUUUCUAAUCUGACCACGGACGAGAGUCACCAAACUGAUGACGACACCGAUUACGUAUACGACGAAGACAUAGCCAGCAAUGACCUGGAUAAGACGAAGACCCGAAAGGAGACGGACCUCAACGAAUUGACCACAAAAAAGUUCGACCAGGACGGCUACAUGCGACCACAACUUAUGCGAGACGCGACCCACAACUCGACCGGAUACAACGUGACCUCACUGGACGACAACUACGUAAUGCCCAUGCUGGAGAACAGGACGCGGACGAACUAUGUGACCGAGGUGCCCAAGCCCAUGCUGUCCACCUCCAGCCGGAGUGUGACGAACAGCAAGGUGACCGUCUUUCCGGACAGCCUAGGGAAACAGUUGGCCAACGACAUCCUUGCGGACGAGGCGACGGACGACUACGUGGACGCGAAUGGGCAUACAGAAGCGCGACUAAAGGCCCAGAAACUAAAGCAACUGGCCAGUGUGGCGUUCGCACCAAUUACCGUACUGACCAAACCGGACAGACCGGACAACUGGGUGAUCUACAACAAGGCCAGCGAGGAGCCACCACUGCCACAACCGCCAGCAGUCAACAUGGAUGUGGCGCCCAGCGGAGAGGUGCCCACUCCGAUCAAGAACUUCAACAAUGCGUGGCUAAAGCAGGAUCUAAAGGCUCGGCCGGAGACACCACCUACCAGAUUGGCGGAAGAGGUGACCACGGUGGCGGCAGCGGACAGUAUCUAGAAAUGCCAAAUUAGCCCUAGAUUGAUUAUUUAUUUAUUUAUACUUCAAAGGCAAGAAUUCAAUCCAACUAUAACUAUCUGUC